AUGCAACUCCCUUCAAAACUUCUGCUCUCGCUUUUGGUCGACCCCGACCCUUCACCGUUCAUGUCCCCUAAAUAUCCAUCGCAAUCCACCUUCCUCGCCUUGGUCAACCAACUCCGGUCAGUCCAGCCUCGUUCGCUGCUUACCGUCCUAACCACCGUCCUAUGCCUCGCCUGCGCCCGGGUCGCCUAUCGAUACACUCAGCGGAAGAAACCAUCCACGCGUAACUCUCAUGGGCCACCCCUGGCGUUAAGAAAGAGACGCCGACCCUCAAUUUCAGAGAUUACCGUCGCAAACACUUCCCCGGCCGCUGUCAAGGAGAUAAAGCUUUCUUGUAUCGCAGGUUGUGGAACUGUUAUUAGCUAUACCAAACGCGCUCUUUGGGACUGCUUCCUCUGCCCGCUUCUCGCAUGGCUUAUCAACACAUUGGCCGUCAUCUUUGCUGUCUUGGUGUCAUUUAUUCCUUCCUUUUUCUGGGUCAAGAGAAAGAAGUUGAAAGUUUGCGUUGCCACGUCGUUGCCCUCUUCGUCGGACCUCCGCCACCAUAAGAUCCAGCAUGCCGAAACCACUCAAUUCAACAAAGGGAAGACUACCCCUACUUUAUCUCCCUAUUUUUCCGCACUCAUGGUUCCCGCCGCUCUCUCAUGCACUCGAUCCCGCAAAUCUCUGGUCUUAGAUUUGGACGAGACUUUGGUACACUCACAGUUCAAGCUUACCGAGCAUUGUGACCUUCGCUUGGAAGUACGUGUGGAUGAGUUUCCUGCCGUUUUCUACGUGUCCAAGCGUCCGUACCUAGACGUCUUUUUGCGAACUGUCGCGCAAUGGUAUGAUGUGGUCAUUUACACUGCUUCUCUGCAGAAAUAUGGAGACCCCUUGAUCACAGUGCUGGACACCGAUCGCCUAGUGAAGCGACGUAUAUUUAGACAGGACUGCAUCAGACGCAAUGGAAAUUUUGUCAAAGACCUUACUAUUGUCAACCCCAAUCUGGCUGAUGUCCUUAUCGUCGACAACAGUCCAGCUGCUUAUUCUAUUCAGCCAUCAAACGCUGUUCCCAUUGAGGCCUGGUACCAUGACCAGAAUGACGAGGAACUGCUUAACUUGCUCCCAUUACUCCACGCAAUCGCAUUUUUGAAUGACGUUCGCUCUCUACUGGACCUCAGAUUAACUGGUGGAGCUUUAGCGGGUCGUCGAGGACGCCCGGUCUCGCGAUAGAUAGUGACCCUACACUGCAAACUCUGGCUUGAGUUAUACAUCCAAAUCAAGGCAACGGAAGCAAGAAGUGGGUGUCAUAUGGUGCCCUUCCAACCACAGCGGCUAUAUCGACAUACAGAAGACUGCUCUCGUGCGAGACGCUGUUGUCUGUGAAGAUAUGUAUCGGCUUUGGCAAGUACAGCAUAGUAGCGAAUGAUGGAGAUUAAUAUCGCAGCAAUCUAGGACCUUCGUCGUCGCUUCUGGUUCUUUUUAUCUAGAAGGGCAGAAGCACUAAUGGCAGCAGAGGACGAAGGUGGAUUGCCUCUCCUCCUUUUGGGUUUGCGCGGCUUUCUUCUGGUCUUGUCAUUGGAAUCUUUGAACGAAUCUGGCACAAAGUAUUCUGUACAAGCCAAAAAGAGCGGCAGCUGGGAAUCAUGCCUUCUUUUCACGAUCCAGCGGUAGAAUUUUUCCGUGUGUUUUGGGCCAAGCCAGCAAAACCACAUUGACGCAAAUGGACUUGUUUUGAGGUGUUGAUUUGAAGAGACUUCCCGCAAACCGGUUGGGGUUUGAUACUUGUACUUUCGCGGGGUGGAUGGGGUAAGAAAGAAUGGGCGGGGCGCCGCCAGCAUAGUAGAUGUGCACUGCUCCCAGAACGGCUUCGUGUAUACAUAGUUUGGUUGAACAACAAACCAGGGCUUCUGUUGCCUGCACAAAAAUUUUAGAAGGAGAUGCACAUGGUCGAUGGGCUCAGUGGAGUAUGGUGGAUUAGUAACAACGCAGUCAUACGCCGGUGGCUUGUUAUCUUUCAAAAUUUGGUAAAAGUCCUCGCAUUCGUUAUGCACACUUUCAAA